AGUUUUUCGAUCUUUAGCAACCUUCGGAUGUGGUUGUUCUUGAAUAAAAUAAUAUUGUUAUCUGAUUGAGGAAAACAAUCCUAAAGGCAAGGCGUUGCUUCACUAGUGCCCAGGACUGUUAAUACCGUGAACAAAUAAUGGCCGAAAAUGAGACCCACAGCAGCGACACUGAGGAAAGUACUUCGGAGGAAAUUGAACCCAAAUUCAAAUAUCAGCGCAUUGCUCACGAUUUGAAAGACAUUCUGAACAAAGAUGUUGUUACUGCCUGUGCCAUACAUCCUAAGUUUCUUAUCUUUGGUACAUUUCUGGGACGUAUCUAUUUGGUGGAUCAUCAAGGCAACACUGUAAAUUCUCAUUUAAAUCACAAUCAACACGAAUUUGCUCAUACGGUAGCCGUUAAUCAGGUAGAUAUCGAUUCCAGAGGAGAAUAUGUAGCUACAUGUUCGGACGACGGCAAGGUUAAUGUAAUUGGCUUAUUUAGUAAUGAUGAUAAUCAGACAAUUAAUUGUGGACGUGCCAUACGGGCUGCAGUAUUAGAUCCAGAUCCAAAAGUAAGCGAGGGAAAGCGUUUUAUAGUAGGUGAUGAAAAACUAACUCUGUAUGAAAAGAACUUCCUAAAGAAACUUAAACCCAAUGUACUCUCAAAUGCUGAAGGUCAUGUCAUUUCUAUAUGCUGGAAUGGACCGUUUGUGGCAUGGGCAAGUUGCUUGGGUGUACGUGUAUAUGAUCUAAAUGAAAAAUGCUCUCUGGGCCUUAUGAAAUGGGAAGAACCUACAAAUGCUCGUUUGGAAAACUUCCGUUGCAAUUUUCGUUGGGCCAACUCGAAUACUUUACUUAUCGGCUGGGUCGAUACAAUACGUAUAUGUGUUAUACGUAAACGUAAUUCUGUUGAGGCAACUUUAAAAGCCUUGCCUGGUUUUAUAGUGGAUCCAAUUUCAACUUUCCAAACAACAUUCUAUAUUAGUGGCUUAGCAUCGUUGACUUCCAAUCAAUUAGUUGUACUCGGUUAUCCCAAGGAAAAGGACUCAAAUCGAAAAGCUUUACGUCCAGUAUUAUCUGUAUUGGAAUAUAAAUUAAAUAGCAGCGAAGAAAUUUGUACUGAUAGUUUAUCUUUAAGAGGUUACCAAGAAUAUUCCGUAAACGAUUAUAUCUUAGGUUGUUUGGCCGAAGAAAAUCGUUAUUAUAUUAUAGCACCUAAGGACAUUGUUGUGGCCACCUUGUUUGAUACAGAGGACCGGGUACAAUGGUUGAUAGAUCACAGAAAGUUUGAAGAAGCCAUGGAAAUUCUAUCAUUGCAUGGUGGCAAUGUUUUACCUGUAGCAAGACUUUAUAUCAAUCAUUUGUUGUCACAAAAACACUACGAUACAGCAGGGAAAUUGUGUCUCAGAGUUUUGGGUAACAACAAGGCAUUGUGGGAAGAGGAAGUCUUUAAAUUUGUCAAACACAAGCAGCUGAGAUCCGUUAGUGCCUAUUUACCCACCUCAGAUGAUUGUAAACUGGAUCCGCAUGUCUAUGAAAUGGUGUUGUAUGAGUUUCUAAAAAAUGACGUCAAAGGAUUUCUAACCUUAAUCAAAGAGUGGCCAUCAAAUUUGUACGACUGUUCGGCGGUCAUCAAUGCCAUACAUGAUAAUUUUCACAAGCAAUAUGCCAACGAACUGUUGGAGGCUUUGGCCAUAUUGUAUUCGUACAAAAAGGAAUAUGAAAGUGCACUACGGAUGUAUUUGAAAUUGGAGAAUAAGGAUGUUUUCAAUUUGAUCCGGCGCUAUGAUCUCUAUGGUGUUAUACACAAAAUGAUAAUGCCACUCAUACAAAUCGACCAAGAACGGGCCUUUCAAAUAUUGUUAGAUAAAAACAAAAUACCCCCGGAAAUUGUUGUUCAACAAUUGGAAUCGAAUCAAGAGUAUUUGUAUUUGUAUUUAGAUGCCCUAGACAAGGUCGAUAGCCGUGGCACAUUCCACUGGAAAUUGGUUAGUUUAUAUGCAAAGUAUAAUCGUUCCAAACUGUUACCAUUUCUAAGACGUUCCAAACAUUAUCCCAUACAAGAAGCAUUGGAUAUUUGUAAAAGUCAAUUGUUUUACCCGGAAACGGUAUAUCUACUGGGACAAAUGGGCAAUGUGGUGGAAGCUUUAAAUAUUAUUAUACAUAAGAUAAAAGACAUAAAAAUGGCAAUAGAGUUUUGUAAAGAACAUGAUGACUCAGAUCUGUGGAAUUUGUUAAUCGAUGAGUCUGUAGAUAAUCCCGAAAUUGUAACAAAACUUUUGGAUGGCAUUAUUGGAUAUGUUAAUCCCGAAUUUUUAAUAAAUAAAAUAAAAAUGGGUCAAAUAAUACCAAAAUUGCGAGAAUCAUUGUACAAACUGCUGAUGGAUUAUCGUUUGCAGGUUAACAUACAGCAGGAUAUUAACAAAAUCCAAUUGCUGGACUAUUUCAAUACCCAUGCGCAGAUAGUGCGGCAACAACAUCGUGGCAUUGGCAUCAGCUAUGACAGUGCAUGUCCGAAAUGUGGUCGUCAUAUUUUGUGCAAGGAUGCAAUACCGCGCAAUGCAAUUGUGGCAUUUCAAUGUGGUCAUAUAUACCAUGAACCCUGCGUGCCCGGGCGAUUUAUACAGGAGCGCUGUGAUGUGUGUACAGUUAAUGUAGAAAAUUGUGAUUAAUCGUAAUUGAAAAGAGAAAAAUAAUACAUUUGUACUCACUCACACUCAUCCACUCUGAGAGAAGAGACAAAACUACAACAAAAUGUAAUAGUCUUUAGCCUAUUUAUUUAUUAAAUAAAAAAAUGAAACAUAAUAUUGUAUUUACAAACAAAAAUGUUAGCUAUAAUUUUUAUUUACCCCAUAACAAUUUAAGCUUUAUGUGUAUUUUUAUACGAAUAUAUGCUUGAAAAAAUAAAAAAGAAAAUAUUAAAAUUAUAA